AUGCCAGCACCUUUGAGGUCAAUACAGGAGACCCUGAAGCCUGAAUUCUCCAUGAGACACCGGAUUUUGUACCAGCACCAACUCCCUCCGCUUAUUCCAUGCACCAGCACAAAGUGUGUAGGUGGUGGCUGCAGCUUUAGUGAUAAGGGGGUUAUUUCUCCCAUCUUAGUUGCUUCCUCGCUCUCUCAAUGCCAGUGCCCCCUCAAAUCUUUUUGUCAAGUUCCCCUAGCACUCAAAUCACCACCUCUUGUCUGGUCUAGUCCCAAACAGACUUUAGAGCUCUUACCACGCUGUACGGAAAAGGUCGAGGAAAAGGGUCGUAGCAGAGAAACAGACCAAUCUUGUUUCUUGAGUGGACACUUUUCAAAUCCAUGUUGGUGCAAAGGUUUUGCGGGAAGAAUGCUCGUUGACCUGGACAAAAUAUACAAGAGAAAUCAAAAGUCUAAUCAUAGUCCAAGUCAGGUUGGCUCUUUCAAGAUUGACCUUUUAGGCGUGGCUCAAUCUCUUAAUGGUUGCUGUGUGUAG